GCGGAUUCAAUACAAUUUUUAGCUCCGAUCUCCCUGUGGAUUACCAUCAACCAUGAUGCUGCUGCAUCUGCAACUAGCCUUGCUUCUUGGCCUCUUGGUCCUGGCCACCUGCAAGGUGCACAAGCAGACGGCUUCGAGAGGUUGGCGGGACCUGAUUUUUGGCAGCAAGUGGCUGACUCCUGCCCCGCGUCUGAGGGAAGCUAAGUUCCUGCCCAUUUUCGCCCUGGUUCCCAUCGGUCCUGGCAGCUGUUCAGCGCCAUCGGGUGAGCAGGGAAACUGCAUUCCCAGCAAGGACUGCGUGCUGCGGAACGGCAUUCCAGCGGGUCCCUGUGGCGGCGGCUACGGCGUCUGCUGCAUCUUUCUGCAGACUUGUGGCGGUGUGAUACGCGAGAACUCCACGUACUUUGUGAAUCCCAAUCAUCCGGAUGUCUACGACGGCACCGGAAGCUGCCAGGUGACGGUCCAGAAGCUCCACCCGGAUAUCUGUCAGCUGCGCCUGGACUUGGAUAUGUUCUCGAUAGCGCCUCCUGAGGCAGCCAAUCAUCUGUGCAAUCAGGAUCAGUUACUCAUUUCGGGCGGCAGUCCCACACCAACGAUUUGUGGCAGCUCAACGGGAGAUCACAUGUACAUUGACGCGGGUCUGGGCCAGAGCAAUCCGAUCGUGCUGUCGGUCAUCACCAGUGGCAGCUUCCCGCGUCUCUGGCGCAUCCGCGUCACCCAGAUCCAUUGCGGAAGCAUCAGUCGGGCGGAUCAGGGCUGCCUGCAGUACUACACAGCCAUCAGUGGGCGCGUGAGGAGCUUCAACUACAAUACGGUGGCCGGGAGGCAGCUCUCCAACCAGGACUACAGCAUCUGCAUCCGCAACGAGCGCAACUUCUGUGGUAUCCAAUAUAAUACUUGUCCGGAUUUGGAAAAUAACCGGUCAAGGGCCUUUACGCUUUCCGGUAACUCGAACAAUCCUGUGCCCACUAUGGUCGGCGGCGGAGGAACAGUGCCACCCAAUCCCAACGGCUGUGUGAGCGACUGGCUGCUGAUUGGGUGCAUUCGGUCGGCGGACAGGAUUCCGCCGCUGCCGGGCUGCGAGGAUCGCGUCUGCGGUGGAACGUUCAGUGCCGAAGCCGGAAUGCUGGCCAGAACGGUGCAAUCCAGCGUUCGUCCCUUCCGUCUUUACUUUCACACAGACGGCGUGGAGGCCCCCAAUGACAUCGAUAAUCGAGGCUUUUGCCUUGAUUAUGUCCAGCAACCUUGCACAAGUGGAUAUUAGCCUGGUGCCUAAAAGCAUGCUUCAAAAUUCAAUAGCAAGCAAACGCGUUUUAAAUCGCUGGAAAAAUAUCACAUGAGCGCGCUGGUAAAAUCGCCUGCAAAACGCGCACAGUUUUCGUAUGUAAUAAAUAUGUUUUAUUUAUUGAUUUUCGUAAUUAAGUUAGACAUAGCUUUUAGAUUAAAGUUAAUUUAGAAACACACAAUAUCGUGUCGAGUGUUUUGGUACAAAUUUAACGACGGGUCAUUGGGAUAUCGAAAUUUUUCUCUCGAAUGAAAUUCUAAUAUUAAAAUCGUUUUCCAACUACUAAUACAGGUUUAUUGAAUUACGUUUAAUUAAUAAUACUUAUCUGAAGCAAAAACAAAAAUAGUUUAAAUAACAGAAAAAAACACUGUGAAAAACGCUUUUCAUUAAGGACAUUUUCGUUGAUCUUGCUUUGCUGAUUGCUUGCUUGUCGUAUAAAAGGGAUUUUCUGGAUUUUGGGCUCUGGGUUCGCUUGCUCGCCUGAGAUCGCCAAUUUCAGUCUGUGCGCGCAUUGCCCGACUUGUGACGUCACUGGGAUCGGGUUAUCAUUAUCUCGGGUGCGAUGCGGGAUGCGGGGUUCUCUAGGGGGGAAAUACUCUCCUAAUCCUAAUCCUAAUCCUAAUAGGUUUGUAUCAAGGCAGCCACGUGCUGUUUCUCCUCGUCGGUCAGACCGUUUUUCAGCGUGCGACGCAC